AUGCUUUCCGAGAAGACUGUACAAAACAUGUCGGACACACUGACCCUCAACGUCACUCUGACGUCGGCAGAUUAUGCGUACAUUGCCAUAGUCAACGUGACGUCCCUUCUUUCCAUGAUGGGCAACCUCGCCGUGAUCGGCUGGUACACCAUGUACAAGGACGUCAGAACUCAUGGACGACGAAUGAUCAUGUUCCUGUGCGUGGCCAACUUCGUCUGCAACUUCGGGGGCAUCUUACAGGUGGCAACGUACUUCAAAAGCGUCACGUACUUGGAGGAGCGGGGCGUCCUCUGUGAGACGGCGUCGAUGUUCACCAUCUACGGCAGCGUCAGCAGCUUCUUGUGGGUGGACUGCGUGGCCUUCUACGUGUUCAUGUGUGUCACUCUGAGACUGAUCACCGUCGUCAACAGACUUGACUGGCUCUUCCACGUCUUCAGCUGGGGAAUGCCUGCUAUUAUUACUCUGUGUGCUGGUGCGUCCGACGUGUUUGGGUACGACGACGACGACGUCAGACACCGACGUCAUGCCACCCCGUGCUGGAUCAGCGAUCGCGUGGACAACCAGAUGGAGUGGUAUUACGUCACUAUUGAAGGCUGGGCCGUCCUCACAUACGUCUUUGGCGGCAUUCUCUACAUCGUCAUCACCAUCACUGUCCAGUGCCAGAAGGGUCGCGUCAGACAACGACACGUGGACAAGGAAUACGUCAUCGAGGACAUGGCCAUCUCGACGGCCAAUAAGCAGCUGCGAUUCAUCCCCGCCAUCUUCAUCGCCCUGCGAAUGUGGGGGACCAUGCACCUGAUGGUCUUUAAAUACGGACCAAUGGUUUCCAGCCGACUAGCAGACUGGCUGCUCAUCGUAAAGGGAUUUGGCGACAACGCUCUAGGUAUAGCAAACUGUGUCAUCUUUCUUCUUGCCACAAAGCCUCUCCGUCAACGUCUGGUGAAGAAUUUCCGCAAAAACAUUACUUCCUGCACAUCGUGGUGCAGACGAAACAAACCCAACGAAAGCUGGAAACCUUCUGUUAUAUUUCGCAAGAUAAAAACAAGAAAACACAAUGCGCUGGACAUUUCAGAAAUUUCCUUGGACUUUCCAGAUCAAGAUGAAAUGCUGGAGGACGAGAUCGUGUUUGAGAGGGAUUGA